GACACACAUGCUGAGCUGCGUUAUAUGUUAGGUUAUGGCUGUUUAUUGUUGUAAUAGUUUCACAUGGAGAGAGUAUAGAGUUUUAGAUUUUUGAGUUUACUGUAAUACACCAUCAAUUCAAUUACACUAGAAAAUCGUUCACUGUCACAGUUGUGAUUUUAUUAUUUGAUAUUUGUAAGCUAGAAGAAGCAGUUUUGUGCAUAAAUAAAUUAGAUCUUUUGACAAAAAUUAAGAAUGCCGAAGAACAAGAAGAAGUGGAUUGAUAAGAAAAAUGCUGUCACUUUUCAUCUGGUUCACCGCAGUCAACAGGAUCCUCUUGCCGCAGACGAGACUGCCCCGCAGAAAGUUUUGCUGCCAGCCAAUCCUUCCCAAACAAAAUGUAAGAAAAACAAAGAAGAGGAAACAAAAUAUGGCAUUUACUUUGACGAUGACUACGACUACCUGCAACACUUACGAGAAGCCAAUUCUACCGUCGCCCACUGGGAGGAGACUCCUGCUAAACCUGUCAAGGAGAGAAAUAUUAAGCUGCCAUCCUCUGUUUUUGCAUCAGAAAUUGAAGAAGAUGUCGGUCUUCUCAAUCGGGCUGCUCCAAAAUCAGGUCUCUGCCUGGAUCUGGACCCUGACGUUGUCGCUGCCAUGGACGAGGACUUUGACUUUGAUGACCCAGAUAAUAUGUUGGACGAUGAUUUCGUGCUGAAGGCUAAUGCUUCUGGAGAUGAAAUAUUCUCAGACGAAGAUGACGAUUAUGAGGACAUGAGUGGCGAGGAUGAGGACACAGUCAGUUCGAGGAUGGGAGGUCGCAGUGAGGAUGAACUGGAUGAUGAUCUAGCCAGUCUGGACCAAGAGGAGACCAAGUCACGGUUCACAGAGUUCUCCAUGUCGAGUUCGGUGGUGCCUCGGAAUGAUCAGCUCACGCUGUUGGAUGACCGGUUUGAAAAGAUGUUUGCUGAGUAUGACGAGAAUGAGAUCGGACCACUGGACUGUGAAGAGAUCGAAGGAGACCUGAAUCCUGCCGAUGAUCUGGUGCUGAGACUGGCCGAUGAGGUGUAUGAAGAGAGAUCAAAAGUGCCGGAUCCAGAGGCAGGCCAUAUAGUGUUGUCCGACACUGACAGUGAGUCCGGCCCAGAGGAGGAGAGGUUGGUACCACUGGUGGAGAAGGAGCGGUGGGACUGUGAGUCCAUCCUGUCCACCUACUCCAACCUUUACAACCACCCCAAACUCAUCACAGAACCUUCAAGUCGCAAGAUCAGAGUGAAUCAACGGACAGGCAUGCCAGCAGAUGAGAACCGGUUGACUGCCAAGAACCUGGCAGCUCUAGGAGGUGUGGAGACCCAUGGCCCCAGAUCCGUAGUGUCGGCACUGUCCUCCCUGUCCGUCCGAGACAAGGGGGAGACUGCUGAGCAGAAGAGGGAGAGGAAAGCUGCUCUCAGACAGUACAGGAGGGAUCGUCGAGUAGAGAGGAAACUGAACACUUCUGCAUUCAAGGAGGAAAAGAAACGCCAGGAGAAGAACUUGCUGAACACAAGAGUCAACAAUGUAGCUGUGCACUUCUAGUCCGUUAACCGUAGAAGUUCAUUGAAAAUUUUAUAUAAUGAAAUAAAAAAAAAUUAAAUUGUACAUAUUAUUGUAUGUAAAGAAUGUGUUACUUAUCAUAGUUAGUACAUCUUCUCAUAUGUUUUAUUUAGAAAUAUUUUGUGAAGCCUCAAAAUUACUUUUUUAACUUUCACUGCACUUUUGUAUAGCAGCAAAGAAAAAUAUUUUUUCAUAAUCUCGUUUAGAAGUGUAGCCAUUUCAGACCAAUAUUCCUAAUGUAUCAUGAUUAACGUUAUAUUCUUCUUUACGUUCUUCUUUGUAAUACUAUAAUAUUGUUAUGUAAUUUAUAGUUAUUAAUUUCUUUAAGAAAUAUUGUUUGUCAGCUACCUAAGUUAAAGCAUUAUUUUUGUUGAAUUAAAGUUUCAUUUUUUCUGUGUGGUGCGCUAUAUAUUUUGUAAAUAUAAUAUUUUAUUAAU